AUGGUUGAUUAUAGCCCCGUUCCCGGCUCCAACGUCAAGCCGUGGGCUCGCCCAGAACCGAAGGGCUAUCUGUUCAAGAACGCCAAUGUGGUUGAUGUCAAAUCUGGCAAGAUUAUCAAAAGUGCCACAGUCGUAACACGCAAUGGAAAGAUUGAAUCGGUCUCUUCCUCGCUGCCAGAUCCUCUGCCCACGGAUCUAACAAUUGUCGACUGCGAAGGCUUGUAUCUGAGCCCCGGUCUUUUUGAUGCACAUGUGCACUUAUGCGCUGUUCCUGGAUUCAACGAUCUAUCCAAGGCGUUCGGAAACCCGAAUGAUGUUCAUCUGCUCCGUCAGCCAUACACAGCAGCCUCAAUGCUCCACCGAGGCUUCACCAGUAUUCGCGACUGCGGUGGGGCACAGCUUGCCCUGAAGGAAGCCAUCGAAGAAGGAGUUUUCCCUGGGCCUCGAGUGUUUAUAUCGGGCCACGCACUGUCCCAAUUCGGUGGCCACGGCGACCUCCGCCAUUCUCAUGACCAGACUGGCUGCUGUGGCGGUACACACAGUAACAACCACCUGGGCCGGCUGUGUAAUGGUGUCUCCGAAUGCAUGGCAGCUGUGCGCGAGGAGAUCCGGUGCGGCGCUGACUUCAUCAAGAUCAUGGGCUCAGGCGGUGUCGCAUCCCCGACUGACCGUCUUGAGCAUCUCCAAUUCACAGCUUCCGAGAUCCAGGCCAUGGUCGAGUGCGCCAAUAACGCGGGCACCUUUGUCACCGCCCACGCAUACACCGUGAAAGCUAUUCGACACUGCAUCGACAACGGCGUGAAGGGUAUCGAGCACGGGAACUUUGUCGACCCUCCAACGGCAAAGAUCAUGGCGCACAAGGGAGUGUUUCUGACCCCAACCUUGAUCGCGUACGCGCAAAUGGCGUCCGAACAGUGGCGGGGGUAUCUGCCCCCAGAGUCGCAGGUGAAAAACCAGGUCGUCCUGAAAUCCGGCUUGGAGGCACUGAAGGUCGCAUCUGACGCUGGAGUCCAAAUGUGCUUUGGAUCCGGUCUGCUCGGGCCCCUGGGCUCUGCUCAGACCCACGAGUUCGCUCUUCGGUCCCAGGUCCUUACUUCCUUGGAGGUCUUGCGGAGUGCCACUGUGAACCCAGCAAAAAUGAUGGGCUGGGAGGACACGAUCGGUCAGGUCAAGGACGGCUUCUUUGCGGACUUGGUUCUCGUGAACAAGAACCCUCUCGAAGAUGUGACUAUCUUCGACCGCCCACAAGAACACGUCCUUGCGGUCAUGAAAGAAGGGCGUGUGUACAAGAGCCGCUGGACAGAACUGCCCGAGGACGCUGAGAUUCCUAUUCGAGUCCAGUACAAUUAG